AUGUGUCACAACGGCACCGGUUUCCCGCCUUUUCAAUUCCUUGAUCUUUGGGUGGAUUCAUACAAAAGAUUUCGUGACUGUUGUGUUCAACAUACCAACCGUACGAUAUCUAGGAAGCACCACGAGCCGUUCUUGGACACCGCGGACGAGGGCCAGUGGACAUCACCAGGCGAGGUGGAGCACAAACUCGAGUUCACGGAGGUGUACAACUUAUUCUUGAGACACUUUGAAAACAAGAUUUCAGGGUUUAUCGAGGAAGAGGCGGGGGGGACAGUGGAGCAGUUCCAGCAGGAGUGCGAGGAAGCUCUUCAAACGCUCGAGGAGUUCUCUCCUCGAAGGUUCUUCAUCGAGAUCCUACUGGCUACAACAGACUACGACCGGUUCUACUUUCUCAUGGUCGGCGAAGCCAAAAAGCUGAGGAGGGAAAAGGAACAUGCACGCCGGGGUAAUGGCGACAGCCUUAGUGGGUCGUCUUCGUCGCACAAAUAG